AAAUUCCAUUUGAAAAUGAGAUUUUUCAUUUGAAAUUCAGAAUAAUGCAAUUGAAAGUGAGAAAAAAAAAAUAAAUUUAUAAUAUAACAAUAUAUAUAAUAUAAAUUCAUACAUACAGUUGGCUAUGAAAUCCAUGCAUACAUAUCUGUCAUAAAACACAUAAUUUCCAUUUGCAUUGUGGUGUUAAUACGUAGUUGAAUUAAAAGAAUUUUUAAAAAGUUAUGGAAUUCAAGGACUUGUGUGCUAUUUGCUUGUGCAAUAUGUCUAGGGGAAAAGUCCGAAAACUUAUCCCGUGUGGCCAUAUUUACCAUGACAAAUGUUAUUCGUCAGCAAAUCUGAGAUGCCCAUUAUGCAGGAGAUCAAUUAGCGAUGGUGAAAUUGUGGAAAGAAAAAAAUAUAAAAAAUAUAGUGACCAAGACCGUAGUCGUAUUUUGGAAGCCGCAAAUCGUGGUAAUGAUUGGUCUGAGCUAGCUGCGUCAUUAGGUAUAUGUUACAAAACAGCUCACAACUGGGUGGUUAAUUACAAGGAAUGUGCGCUUAAAAGAGGAGGAAAUAAGCCCAAGAUACUUACAGAGAAUGAAAUUAAUGAUAUACUAAGCUGGGUUGAGGAGAAAUCCGAUAUAACCCUAAAAGAAAUUUCAAAUAAAAUAUAUGCGCAAUCUGAAAAAAGAGUUGCUUUAUCAACAAUAAGCAAUACGUUACAUGGUAGAAUGUAUACAGUAAAAGGAGUACACAGUGAACCCAGUUCUAUGAAUAAUGAACUCAAUAAGACGAAAAGACGAGAAUAUGUUCAAUUACUGAACGAAUUUGUUAGAGAUGGAAAGCAAGUGGUAUGGCUUGAUGAAACAAAUUUCAAUUUGUUUUGUAGGCGGAAACGUGGCUGGUCGAGAUGUGGUACACGUGCAGUACAGACAGUUCCUACGUCGAGAGGACCUAACAUUCACCUAAUUGGGACCAUAGGUACAUCAGGCGUAAUAAAAAUGUGUCUGAAAAGAGGUUCAUUUAACGCUAAUGCUGCUAAUGGCUAUGUAGAGGAUGUUUUUAGAAAAUGGGAGGAUUUGGGCAACAACCUUUCCGAACUGGUAGUUGUAUGCGACAAUGCUCCAUGUCACAGCAAGCUGGAACGAUUAUUUGAAAAUUCUGAAGCAACGUUACUAAGAUUGAGUCCGUACUCCCCAAUGCUCAAUCCCAUUGAGACAAUAUGGGGGAAAAUUAAAGCACAUGUGAAGUCAAAAAUUACUAUACCCAACACUGCACCACCCAACGUAGGGGAACAAAGACUCAUUUACCUAGAAAGUCUAAUAGAUGAAGGCAUCACUCAAAUUACAGUUGGGGACUGCAGUAGAGCUAUACAGCAUUCCACCACAUUUCAUCAAGCAGCAGCAGAUAUGCAAAAUAUGCCCGUUGGCCAUUAAUUGUUUAUUAUUAUUAUUAUUAUUAUUAUUAUUAAAUUUUUUUUAUUUUAAUUUAAAUUGUACAUCUUUUUGCAACAAUCCGAAUAAAAAAAUCUGAAUUUC